AUGUCUGCAGACAGUCAGACUGCAGCAGAUUUUAGAGUGAAAUACAGCAGAAGGAUCGACAGUGAUGGACGAGAGCAAGAGCACAGUGAGGUUCAGAUGCUAGAUGAUGAAGAACAACAUCCUGAUGUUGGGCUGCAGGCAGCUGUCGAAUUAAAUACCCAGAAGAAAAUUUCAGCUGUGAAAAGAAGAUGUUUCAGAGCUUUCGAAGUGAAUCUUGGGCUGCUGUAUCUUUUGAUUCUGGCUGGAAUCACCACACGAUGUAUUUUAGUGACUUUGGAAAAGCAGCAGCUGCAGGAAGAAGUGAAGGAGCUGAAGGACAAGAUGGAAGAGAAGUGUCCUGAUCGAUGGACGAGAUUUGGAUGCAGCUGUUACUUUAAAUCCACUGAGAGGAAAACUUGGUCUGAGAGCAGGAGAGACUGUCAGGAUAAAGGAGCUGAUCUGGUGAUGAUAAACAGCAAAGAGGAACAGAUAUUUGUUAACAAACUGGGAGGAGAGUCCUGGAUUGGUCUGAGACCAAGAUAUAUAUCAGAAUGGAACUAUGAAUGGGAAUGGGUGGACGGAUCAGCGCUGACACAAACGUUCUGGGCAGCAGGAUGGUCCCAUCGCAAUGGCUGGUAUUAUGCAGCAUGUUGUGACAAUAAUGGCAGAUGGACAGAAUAUUAUUCUGGAUUCAAGACCUUCAUCUGUGAGAAAUGAGUUUGGUGCUUUGAUGUAAAUGUUUGAAUAAUCCAACCAAAGACACCUCACUAUGAAAUGUCCUGCAUGAGCCUCAGACUCAGCUCACAGUUGUUACUUGUUCAUUCUGCAUCAUAUAUUGAUUACAUAUAUUGUCCCUCUGUGCUCUGUGCUGUACAGUAAGGUUGGAAGUCAUCCACACAAAAACUUGAAGUACUUCAUUACUCUGUAGUUCCAGCAAAUUGUUCUAAUAAAAGUCAAAG